AUGAUGUUCGGAGAAACUUUUGUUGGUAAGACCAUCGUUAAUGGGAAAGUGGUCUUGAUGAAGAAGAAUGUCCUCGAUUUCAAUGACUUGGGGGCGUCAGUUUUGGACCGAGCUCAUGAGCUAUUGGGCAAACAUAUCUCCAUCCAAUUCAUAAGUGCGACUCAUGCUGAUCGUACAUCCUCAGAAAAAGUAUUGAGAGGUAAGCUUGGAAACCCGGCAAAUUUGGAGGACUGGAUUAGCACCAUUACCCCUCUCACAGCCGGUGAAUCAUCAUAUGAAGUCACAUUUGAUUGGGAUGAAGAGAUUGGACUACCAGGGGCUUUUCUUGUUAAAAAUCUUCACCACAGUGAAUUUUAUCUUAUGACACUCACUCUCGAAAAUGUACCUGGACAUGGCAAAGUUCAUUUUGUUUGUAACUCAUGGGUGUAUCCUGCCAAACGUUACACCAAAGAUCGCAUAUUCUUCGCCAACAAGGCAUAUCUUCCUGGUGAGACACCUGCAUUGCUUCUUCCUUAUAGAGAGGAAGAGUUGGUGACCUUGAGAGGAAAUGGAACUGGGAAGCUUGAGGAAUGGGAAAGGGUUUACGAUUAUGCAUUGUAUAAUGAUUUGGGAAAUCCAGAUGAUGAGGAUAAAGUGCGCCCAGUUAUUGGAGGAUCAUCAGAGUAUCCCUACCCUCGUAGGGGAAGAACAGGCAGACCACCUACUGAAAUAGAUCCUAAAACUGAGAGCAGGCUCUCGCUUAUUGAGAGUCUUCAGAUGUAUGUUCCAAGAGAUGAGCGGUUUGGACACCUGAAGAGGUCUGACUUUCUGGCUUAUGGACUAGAAGCUGUCUUUAAGUUCCUUCUCCCGGAGUUUGAGGCUCUAACUGAUGACACUAUAGAUGAAUUUGACUCGUUUGAAGAUGUCUUGAAGCUUUAUAAGGGUGGAAUUAAGCUUCCUAAAGGCCCUUUACUUGAUAGGAUUCGAGAAAACAUCCCUUUACAGGUGUUUAAAGAAGUUAUUCGAUCAGAUGGUGAGGGACUUGCGAAAUACUCAACACCAGAAGUCAUCAAAGCUGACAUGUCUGCUUGGAGCACCGAUGAAGAGUUUGCAAGGGAAAUGCUAGCUGGAGUCAACCCGGUUUCAAUUCAACUUCUGAAAGAGUUCCCUCCAACAAGCAAGUUGGAUGCCCAACUCUAUGGUGACCAAAACAGUUCAAUAAGAUCACAUCACAUAGAGGAACAUCUAGAUGGUUUACAAGUAAACGAGAUGCUAAAAGCCAAGAGACUAUUUAUACUAGACCACCAUGACCCAUUGAUGCCAUACGUGAAGCGAAUAAAUGCAACAUCCACCAAGAUUUAUGCCACAAGAACAUUGCUCUUGUUACAAAAAGAUGGAACGUUAAAACCAAUAGCCAUUGAGUUAAGCUUGCCUCAUCCAGAUGAUGAAAAGCUUGGUGCCAUAAGUAAAGUAUGUACGCCAUCUAAGCAUGGAGUUGAAGCCGGAAUUUGGAAGUUGGCUAAAACAUAUGUAGCUGUGAAUGAUUCUGGAGUUCAUCAACUCAUCAGUCACUGGUUGAAUACACAUGCUGUUAUUGAGCCGUUUGUGAUAGCAACAAACAGACAACUAAGUGUGCUUCAUCCCAUUAACAAGCUUCUCCACCCUCAUUUCCGUGAUACAAUGAACAUCAAUUCAACUGCUAGGAAUAUCUUGAUCAAUAGUGGAGGUAUUCUUGAGAGAACAUUCUUUACUGGGAAAUAUUCAAUUGAAAUGUCUUCGAAGAUAUACAAGGAUUGGGUAUUCCCCAACCAAGCUCUACCUAUAGACCUCGUGUUGAGGGGAAUGGCAGUUGAGGAUGCAAAUUCUCUACAUGGCCUUCGCUUAAUGAUUGAAGAUUACCCUUACGCUGUAGAUGGGCUAGAGAUUUGGUCAGCCAUUAAAACAUGGGUUGAAGGAUUACUGUAG